CUAUACUUCCUUGAUGUGUUUUGGAACGCCCACAGCACCGUUACUUCCAGUGCCAAAGCAAGCAGAGUUCGGUUUACCACCUACAACACCAACGCUAGCAUUAGUAGCAGCAGCCGCGUAUGAUGCCCUGCCCGGGAUUGAAGGUUUCGCACGUGAUAUUUGUGAUCGUCAUUUUGAUAACAAUAGUGUUCUACUCGUCGCUCAAUGGCCGGCACUUUAUACUCGAGCCGCGCCGGUACGCAAACCAUCGGAAGAACGAUCCUAGCCCGCUGCUAGCGAACCGGACGCUGCAACCGGCAACGGUCGCUGACAAAGCGUUGGUACCACCGUCCGGCCCCGAACGCCAAAAGUGCAAUGUGUUCCAGAUCGUUGUGCAGGGCUGCGGCUUUAACAUGCUUACCAAGACGCUCGAGCGGGCCCAGCAGCAGGAAAAGAACCAAACGCAGCUGCUCGCCCAACAGAUGCAGCAGGAGCAACAGCAGCAGCAGCAGCAGCUGCUGCUUUCGCAAGACCAACCGGAGCAGGAAACGGCUCCCGAGCAGGCGAACAACAUCCAGCGAAUACCAAACCCUUCCUCGGUGAAGCUUUCCGCCGCAGCGGCAGGAUCCUCUUCCUCUUCUUCCUUGCCGCCUGCCCCACCGGUCCCGACAGUACCGGAAGCGGACGGUGAAAAGGUGAUCAAAACGCGCGACCUCUACCAUUCCGGCCAUCUGCCGGAUGGGGCGUGCGUGGCGAAUCUCUGCCCACGCAACGGUACCGACGUUACGCUGCUAAUACUUGUGACGUCUGCACCGACGCACCGCGAGCAGCGGCUCGCGAUCCGGCAGUCUUGGGGCCACUACGGUAGCCGGCGGGACAUCUCGAUCGGGUUCAUCGUCGGACAGACGGAUGAGGCACGGAUCGAGGAUCAGCUGGCGGCGGAAAGCUACAUGUACAGUGAUCUGAUACGGGGCAACUUUAUUGACAGCUAUCGCAACCUAACGCUCAAAACGAUUUCCCUGCUCGAGUGGACGAAGCUGCACUGUCCGAAUGCGUCGUUUCUGCUGAAAACGGACGACGACAUGUUUAUCAACGUGCCGAAAUUGUUACAGUUUAUGGAGGCGCACAGUAACCAACGGCGGACGAUAUUUGGCCGGUUGGCGAAAAAGUGGAAACCGAUACGGAACAAAAAGUCCAAAUAUUACGUCAGCCCGGAACAGUACUAUCCGCCCGUAUUUCCACCAUUCACUACGGGACCGGCCUAUCUGCUGACGGCCGACAUCAUUAGCGAGAUGUUCGAAAAAUCCCUCAGCCAAACGUACCUCAAGCUGGAGGACGUCUACACGACCGGUAUCGUCGCACAGCUGCUAAACAUACACCGGAUCAAUGUGAAGGAGUUUCUUAACCGCCGGAUAGCGUUCAACCAGUGCAACAUCAAGAAGGCGAUCAGCAUCCACAUGGUCAAGAACAACGAGCAGCUUGAUCUGUGGAAGAAGCAGGUGGACACCAGUGUUUCGUGCACGUAGAAGUAUUCUUUUAAUAUUAA